AUGCCCUCGCGUCAACCUCCGCCCCCCACGGCGACGGCGGCGGCGGCGGAGGCAGAUGCGGCGGCCGAUGCGGCGGCACCGCUGCCGGACACCGCCGUAUCUCCCCCUCCUUCUCCUCCUCCGCCGCCCCUCCCCGCUCCGGCGUUCGCCGCCGCCGCCGGAGCAGCGGCGCUUUUCAUCCUCGCCGCGGCCUUCUUCCUAGGGAUCCUCCUCUACCGCCGCCUCUCCCGCAGCGGCACCGCCCCAACGGCCCCGUCCCCAUCACAGCAGCCGCCGCCGCCGACGCCGACCGCUGCGGCGCUCCGCCGCCUCUCUUACGCGGCGCUCCGGCGCGCCACCGGGGGCUUCGCGCCGGAGCUGAAGCUGGGGCAGGGCGGCUUCGGCCCCGUCUUCCGCGGCGCCCUCCCGUCCGGCGACGCCGUCGCCGUGAAGCUCAUGGACGCCACCGGAUCGCUCCAGGGCGAGCGCGAGUUCCACAACGAGCUCGCCCUCGCCUGCCACCUCCUCCCCUCCCCGUCCCCCUACAUCCUCCUCCCCUUCGCCUUCUCCGUCUCCUCCUCCCGCGACCUCCUCCCGUGGUGGCGUCGCCUCCGUCUCCGCCGAGGAGGCGACGAUGAUGGGGACGAGGAGGAGGCGGCGCGGCGGCGGCGGCGGAUGAUGCUGGUGUACGAGCUGAUGCCGAACGGGAGCCUCCAGGACGCGCUGCUGGGGCGGCGGAGCCCGGAGCUCGUGGCCGAGUGGCGGCGGCGCCUCGCGGUGGCGCUCGACGUCGCGCGCGCGCUCCACUUCCUCCACGCCGUCUGCGACCCCCCCGUCGUGCACGGCGACGUGAAGCCCAGCAACGUCCUCCUCGACGCGCGCCUCUCCGCGAGGCUCGCCGACUUCGGCCUCGCCCGCCUCAAACCCCCCGCCGCCGCCGCCGCCGCCGCGGACGAGGACGACGGCGACUCCCCGGUCGCAGCUGCGGAUGAGGCCGAGGGGGAGGCGGCGGAGAGGGAUCGGAAGAAGGAGCCCUCGGGGGCCGAGGACGAAGCAUCCGUCACGGGCGACACGGCCGCGGAGAGCACCACCACCGCCACCGCCACCGGCCUCGAGGCGGCCGCGGCGCCACCGCCGAGGUCGCCGGAGGUGGACGAGGACGCCACUACGGCAUCCCCUGUGGAGGCGGCCUCGACGUCCGGGUUCGAUCGGACCAGCGUCGACAGCAGGAGCGGCAUAGAGCGCAAGAAGAGCGGCGGCAAGGACUGGUGGUGGCGGCAGGACAAUGGCGGCACCGCCGCUUCUGCUGCAGGGCCUGAUUCGGGCUCCGGUGGCGUGAAGGACUACGUGAUGGAGUGGAUCCGGUCGGAGAUCAAGAAGGAGCGGCCCAAGGGCGAAUGGAUGUCGGCCUCCGGUGCCGCGGCCGACGACUGCCUCCCAAAGCCCUCGUCUGGCCGGGGCCGCCCUGAUCACCGCCGCAAGCACCACCACCGCCGCCCGGAGUGGUGGGAGUCCCUGGGCGAGGACAAGUCCGUUAAAAAAGACAAGCCCCGGCCGAAGCGAGAAUGGUGGCGGGAGGAGUUCUGCGACGAGCUCUCCAAUAAGCACAAGCGCCGCCCCAAUGGCGAUCAUCACCAAUGGUGGCCGAGAGAUGAAGAUGGAGAUGAAGAAUUCCUUUCCCCUUCGGAGAGGAGGAGGAGGAAGAAGCACUGCAAGAAGAGCGGUUCUAGUAGCCGCGGCGGCAGCGGUAGCCUUUACAGUAUGGAUUGGUGGAUGGACAGUGCUGCAAUCGGCGGUCGGCGGAGCAGCCGCGAUUGGGCGAGCGGUGAGAUCCCAAAGAGCGGAUGCACUGUGAGCAGUACGCCGAGUAUGCGCGGCACCGUCUGCUAUGUGGCCCCCGAGUACAAUAGCAGCGGCGUGAUCUCCGAAAAAUGCGACAUGUAUAGCUUCGGUGUUCUGUUGUUGGUUAUCGUCUCAGGCCGCCGCCCGCUCCAGGUAGCGUCCUCGUCGCCCAUGUCGGAGUUUGAGCGGGCGAACCUCGUCUCGUGGGCGCGCCACCUGGCGCACCUGGGGCGGCUUCUUGAUCUCGUAGAUCCUUCGCUCAAAGAUGUCGAUCGGGAGCAGGCACUGCUCUGUAUCACUGUGGCCCUCCUCUGCAUUCAGCGGACCCCUUCUUCUCGGCCUUCAAUCAAGGAGGUGCUUGAGAUGCUCACCGGUGAGGCUGAGCUGCCGCACUUGCCCGUAGAGUUCUCGCCGUCGCCCCCCGGUGGGUUUUCGUUCAAAACUCGCAGGAAGGCCCGGUGAGUCGAUUUUAAUUCAAGUGCGCUAAGUAGUAGUAGUAGUAGUAGUAGUAGUAGUCUUGUAGUGCCUUGAUUUUUCUUCACAUCAAUUCUAGUUCUUUAUCUAUUUUGAGAUGAUUGAUGUAUAAAAUUCUUAUAAAAAAAAAAGGAAGCAAUUUGAGUUCCGAUUUGACGAGUCAUA